UCACCGGCUUUCGAGACCCAGCCUGCGCUCGCUCAAGUGGGCCGUGAUUGCGUUUUCGCUCGACGUUGACGUUUGGAGCUGGAAAGGCUGAUUUUUCUGUCGUUUUUAGUUUUUACUCUGCUCUGAUCUGAAGCAAACCGAGUCAAGAUGAAUGUAACAUCUGCAGCGGGGGUCAUAUCCCUCCUGGAUGAGCCAAUGUCUGAGCUCAAGGUAUUUGCGUUGAAGAAGCUUGAUACUAUUGUUGAUGAGUUUUGGCCUGAAAUAUCGGAAGCUAUUUUGAAAAUCGAGAUUUUGCAUGAAGACAAGACUUUUGACCAACACAAAUUGGCUGCCCUUGUCGCCAGUAAAGUAUAUUACCACUUAGGGUCAUUUGAAGACUCUCUAAAUUUUGCCUUGGGUGCUGGUGACCUGUUUGAUGUUAUGUCUCGUUCAGAGUAUGUCGACACAACAAUAGCAAAAUGCAUUGAUUUUUACACUCAGUACCGGAACACAAAUGCUGAGGGUGGGAAACAAAAGGAAAUAGAUCCUCGACUUGCUGCCAUUGUUGACCGCAUGUUCCAACGUUGUUUGGACGAUGGCCAAUACCGCCAGGCUCUGGGGCUUGCUCUGGAAACUCGUAGAAUGGAUAUCUUUGAAAAGGCUAUCAAACAAUCUGAUGAUGUUGGUGGCAUGCUUCACUACGCUUUCCAAGUUGCUAUGAGCCUCAUUCAGAACAGAGGUUUCAGGAAUUCUGUUUUGCGGUCUUUGGUUGCACUCUACAGAGAUCUAGACACCCCUGACUACGUCAACAUGUGUCAAUGUCUCAUUUUCUUGGAUGACCCGCUUGCUGUGGCUGAUGUCCUGGAGAAAUUGAGCAAGGAUAGUGAGGACAGCACGCUGAUGGCAUAUCAAAUUGCAUUUGAUCUUUAUGAGAGCGCUACUCAGCAGUUUCUUGGGCGUGUUCUGCAAGCACUUCGUGCAACUGCACCUAUUCCCUCCCUUACUGAUAAGCAAACCAAAGUUUCUGUGGAAGGUAUGGUUGCAGCUGCAGCUGUUGCAAAUGCUGCUGAAAAGGACAGUUCAAAAUCUGAGGAAGAUCCAAAAGACACUAAACCAGAGAAAAAACUGGAGAAUUUGACUGAAUCAGAAAAAGUUCUUCAAACUAGGGUAGAGAAAUUGGCUAGCAUUUUAAGUGGUGAAGUUUCUAUAGAUCUUCAUCUUCAAUUUCUCAUACGCAGUAACCAUGCAGACAUGUUGAUUUUGAAGAAUACUAAAGAUGCCAUCCGAGUUUCCAUAUGUCACACUGCUACCGUGAUUGCUAAUGGUUUUAUGCACAGUGGAACAACAAGUGACCAAUUUUUGAGAGAUAAUCUUGACUGGUUAGCACGAGCAACUAAUUGGGCCAAACUCACUGCCACUGCAUCUCUAGGAGUUAUUCAUCGGGGACAUGAACAUGAAGCCCUUGCACUUAUGCAGAGCUACUUGCCUCGCGAGUCGGGUCCAACAUCUGGCUUCAGUGAAGGUGGUGGCUUGUACGCACUUGGUUUGAUUCAUGCCAACCAUGGCGGAGCCAUCAUUGACUACUUGCUCGGUCAACUCAGUGAAGCACAAAAUGAGAUGGUCCGUCACGGUGGCUGUCUCGGCCUGGGCCUGGCGGCCAUGGGUACCUACCGUCAGGAUGUGUACGACCAGCUCCGCGCCAACCUGUACCUUGAUGACGCCGUGGCGGGCGAGGCGGCCGGAAUCGCUAUGGGCAUGGUCAUGUUGGGCUCCAAGGAGGCUCAAGCCAUCCAGGACAUGGUCGCGUACGCCCAGGAGACGCAGCACGAGAAGAUCCUGCGCGGCCUGGCCGUCGGCCUGGCCUUCACCAUGUACGGGCGCCUGGAGGAGGCGGACCCGCUGGUGGCGUCGCUGUGCCAGGACAAGGACCCCAUCCUGCGCCGCUCCGGCAUGUACACCAUCGCCAUGGCCUACUGCGGCACGGGCAACAACCAGGCCAUCCGCCGCCUGCUGCACUUCGCCGUGAGCGACGUCAACGACGACGUCCGUCGCGCCGCCGUCAUCGGCCUGGGCUUCCUGCUCUUCAGGAACCCCGAGCAGUGCCCCAGCGUGGUGUCCCUGCUGGCUGAGAGCUACAACCCGCACGUGCGCUACGGCGCGGCCAUGGCCCUGGGCAUCGCGUGCGCCGGCACCGGCCUCAAGGAGGCCAUCACGCUGCUGGAGCCCAUGACCAACGACCCCGUCAACUUCGUGCGCCAGGGCUCGCUCAUCGCCUCGGCCAUGGUGCUGAUCCAGCAGACGGAGGCGGCCUGCCCCAAGGUCAAGGAGUUCCGCGCCCUGUACUCCAAGGUGAUCGUGGACAAGCACGAGGACGUGAUGGCCAAGUUCGGCGCCAUCCUGGCGCAGGGCAUCAUCGACGCCGGGGGCCGCAACGUGAGCGUGUCGCUGCAGUCGCGCACGGGCCACACCAACAUGCUGGCCGUGGUGGGCGUGCUGGUGUUCACGCAGUACUGGUACUGGUUCCCGCUGGCGCACUGCCUGGCGCUGGCCUUCUCGCCCACCUGCAUCAUCGCGCUCAACGCGCAGCUCAAGAUGCCCAAGCUGGACAUCCGCUCCAACGGCAAGCCCAUCCUGUACGCGUACCCGCCGCCGCUCGAGGAGAAGAAGCGCGAGGAGCGCGAGAAGGUGACGACCGCCGUGCUGUCCAUCGCGGCCAGGGCGCGCCGGCGCGAGAACGAGCGCCGGUCGCGCGCGCAGGACAAGAACAAGGACGCCGACAAGGACGACGAGGCCAUGGACGUCGACGAGCCCGCGCCCUCCAAGAAGGAAGACAAGAAGCCCACCGUGGUGGUCGGCGGAGCCUCCUCGUCCAAGACGGCGGCCGCGGCCUCACGCGUCAAGAUCGAGAUCAAGGAGGAGAAGAAGGACGACAAGAAGGACCCCGACAAGGACGAGGACGACAAGGCCAAGAAGGAGGACAAGAAGGAAGAGGAGAAGAAGGAGGAGACGUGGGAGAUGCUGAGCAACCCCGCCCGCGUCGUCAAGCCCCAGCUCCGCGUGCUGUCCAUGCCCGAGGGCAGCGCGUACGCUCCGCUCAAGGACCUCAAGAUCGGCGGCAUCGUCAUGGUGCGCAGGCCAUGCAACGAGGGCCACCCCGCGGAGGAGCUGGUGGAGCCCGUGGCGGCCUUCGGGCCCAAGCCGGACGAGGACAAGGAGCCCGAACCGCCAGAACCCUUCGAAUACACCGAGGACUGAUGCAUCGCGCUGCUAGUCAGAGGAGCGCUGCUGCUGAUAUUUUUGUAUGGCCUUCUGUUGGAGUGCAGACUAGGUGUUGUAGAGUUUUUUUUGUAGUCUAUUGUCGAAUUAAUCGUACUUACUGGAGGAACAUUGCACAUGAAAUGUAAGUGCCGGAAUUUUUUUAUCUGUAUUAUAUAUGGUAUAAUAAAAAUAAUUAAUAGUACUAUUAAA